UGUAUAGGACUGGUUAACAGAAGAGCCGCGCCAUGCCUCGGUGGUUUUCUAUAAAAUGGUGAGAAACAUUGUGAGGGUGAAUAACAUAGACUUGUGAGAAUUGUGAGUCUUUCGUAAUCUAAUGGAUUCGAGCCCCUCCUUGAAGAAGAGGGAGUCGGUCGCCGCCAGCAUGCCCGAGGCGCUCAGCCAGAGCCGGUACCACAUGAAGAGGUGCUUCGCCAAGUACAUGGAAAAGGGGAGGAGGAUAAUGAAACUCCACCACUUGAUGGAUGAAAUGGAAAGCGUCAUAGAUGCCAAGACGGAGAGGGACCGCGUCCUGGGCAGUGAUCUCGGGUACAUCCUCUGUUACACUCAGGAAGCCCUUGUUGUCCCUCCACACAUCGCUUUCGCCGUGAGACGGAGUCCUGGAAACUGGGAAUUUGUCAUAGUCAGUUCUGACUCUCUGUCCGUGGAGGGCAUCAGUGGCGCUGAUUACUUGAAGUUCAAGGAAAUGAUAUAUGAUGAAGAAUGGGCAAAAGAUGAGAAUGCCCUGGAAGUGGACUUUGGAGCUUACGACUUCCCCAUUCCGCACCUGACCUUAUCUUCAUCUAUCGGGAAUGGAGUCGAUUUCAUCUCAAAGUACCUCUCCUCAAAGCUGAGCGGAACGCCAGACAGUGCACAACCCCUUGUGGAUUUCCUAGCAUCCCUCAAUUAUCAAGGAGAAAAUCUCAUGGUAAAUGAAACACUUGACACUGCACCCAAGCUUCAGAUGGCCCUGAUUGUAGCUGAAGCAUCCCUUGCAUCAGUUCCAAAAGACACUCCAUUCCAAACCUUCGAGAUAAGGUUCAAGGAGUGGGGCCUCGAGAAAGGUUGGGGCGAUACGGCGGAGAGAGUCAAGGACACGAUCAGAUCGCUGUCGGAAGUACUACAAGCACCGGACCCGACAAACAUGGAGAAGCUCUUUAGUAGACUUCCAAUAAUAUUCAAUGUUGUGAUAUUCUCCCCCCAUGGUUAUUUUGGCCAGGCGGAUGUGCUGGGCUUGCCAGAUACCGGUGGGCAGGUAGUUUACAUUUUAGAUCAAGUGAGGGCCCUGGAAGAGGAGUUGCUCCUCAGGAUUGGACAGCAAGGGAUUAAUGCGAAGCCGCAGAUACUUGUGGUUACACGACUUAUCCCCGAUGCUCGCGGAACAAAAUGCAACCAGGAACUGGAACCGAUCAUUGGAACCAAGCACUCCAACAUUCUUCGGGUGCCAUUUAGGACCGAGAAGGGCGUCCUUCGCCAGUGGGUUUCUCGUUUCGACAUAUAUCCGUACCUUGAGAGAUUUACCCAGGAUGCGACUGUUAAGAUACUAGACCACAUGGAAGGGAAACCGGAUCUUAUAAUCGGAAACUACAGUGACGGGAAUUUAGUAGCGUCACUUAUGGCUAGUAAACUGGGGAUAACUCAGGGAACAAUUGCGCAUGCACUCGAGAAGACUAAGUAUGAAGACUCCGAUGUCAAGUGGAAGGAGCUAGACCCAAAGUAUCACUUCUCAUGCCAAUUCAUUGCUGACACCAUAGCAAUGAACGCAACAGAUUUCAUCAUAACAAGUACAUUCCAGGAGAUUGCUGGAAGCAAAGAUAGACCUGGGCAAUAUGAGAGUCAUGCAGCAUUCACACUCCCAGGGCUCUGCAGAGUUGUUUCGGGCAUCAAUGUUUUCGAUCCUAAAUUCAAUAUUGCUGCUCCGGGGGCUGAUCAAUCUGUUUAUUUUCCUUACUCGGAGAAACAGAAACGAGUCACGUCAUUCCAUCCUGCAAUCGAGGAGCUACUGUACAGCCGUGUGGACAAUGACGAGCACAUUGGGUAUCUCACGGACAAGAAGAAACCCAUCAUCUUCUCUAUGGCUAGAUUCGACAUAGUGAAAAACUUGACUGGUUUAGUAGAGUGGUAUGGGAAGAAUGCAAGGCUCAGGAAUUUGGUUAACGUAGUCAUUGUUGGGGGCUUCUUUGAUCCUUCCAAAUCCAAAGAUAGAGAAGAAAUGGCCGAAAUAAGAAAGAUGCACGGGUUGAUAGAGAAGUACCAACUCAAGGGUCAGAUCCGAUGGAUAGCAGCGCAGACUGAUCGGUACCGAAAUGGAGAACUCUACCGAUGUAUCACAGAUACAAGGGGAGCUUUCGUGCAGCCUGCUCUCUAUGAAGCAUUCGGUCUGACCGUAAUUGAGGCAAUGAACUGUGGGUUGCCCACAUUUGCCACCAAUCAAGGCGGCCCGGCUGAGAUCAUUGUUGAUGGAGUGUCAGGAUUCCACAUUGACCCCAAUCAUGGGGAAGAGUCCAGCAACAAAAUUGCUGAUUUCUUUGAGAAGUGUAAGGUGGACAACGAGUGUUGGAACAAGAUAUCUGCAGAGGGCUUGAAACGCAUUAAUGAGUGCUACACCUGGAAAAUCUAUGCAAACAAGAUGUUGAACAUGGGAUGCAUCUAUACCUUUUGGAAGCAACUGAACAAAGAACAGAAGCAAGCAAAGCAGAGAUAUAUCCAGAUGUUCUAUAGCCUUCAACUCAGGAACACGAUGAAGACUGUUCCUCUCAAAAUUGAUGAACCCGAACAACCGGCACCAAAGCCGCCACCAAAAGCACAGCCCACGAUGAGGAUUUCCUGUGAAAAGCUGAGGCAUUUGCUUUGUUGUUGUGUAGCACAAGGAGGUCACAGUCGCGGUUGCAAAAACUGUUGGGAGCCUAGAGGAAUAAAACAAACGAGGAAGACAUUGAUUCAAACUGCAGGCAAUCCUCCGCAAUUUAGAGCCUGACUCUGCGUUGUCUAGCUGCUGAAAGUAUUAUCCAAUAUGUGUCGAGCAGCAAAUAUAAUAAUAUGAAACUAAAGAAUGGAAUAAUAUGACGCACAUUCUUUACUA